GUUAAGCGAAAUUCACUUAAUAACAAGAUAAAUAUGGCGAAUGAGGAUCAAAAACGUAAGUUUUAAAGAGAUUGAUGGCUGWAGUUCAUACAAGUACGAAGGAAUCUAGAGUUAAAYCAAGCUGGAUUGCGUAUUUUUCAAGUAUAUUUUCAUCAAAACGAAYAACAAUMRUCGUCCUUUCAUUGUUGAUGAUUGUUGGCUUACAUCUCACAUGGUAUAACAACCCAAAGACUUUACGAAAAAUUGCAAGCAGGUUGAAAAAUAGGGACAAUGUUACCUCUCCUAAGAUACAAGGAAAAGUCUUCUUGCUUAUAUUAAUCAAUUCAAUUCCUAAAACAGCGAGCAGACGUCAAGUACUUCGCGAAACUUGGACAGGAACGAGUGAUUCUAGUGUAUUAGCUCAAUCUUCAAACACUCAGAAUGACUUCAACAAUAAUCUUCAGGUAUAUUGUGUAUUUUUACUUGGCGUUUCAGACAAUAUGAAGGAAAAYAGGGAUUUAAUAGCCGAAUCGUACGUACAUGGGGACAUACUACAGAUUAGAACUAAAGAAUCGUACCGAAAUAUGGUCCAUAAGAUCUGGGCAGGCUUCAAAUGGGCUUAUACAUACAAUCCUAACUAUCUAAUGAAAGUCGACGAUGAUGUAUAUGUUGAUAUACCUCAUUUAAUCACGUGGUUACACGAGAAAGAACUGCCUAAUAAUCUAUAUACUGGCUGGGUACUACAUCAUGGACGAAUCAUGCGCAGUCCAGGCAGUCAUUGGUUUGUAAGUCAUAGCGAGUUCCACGAGCGCUACUUCCCAGACUACUGCAUUGGMCCUUUCUAUAUAUUCUCUGGAAAAAUGCUUGGAAAACUAAUCCGUCAAAGUAAGAAUGUCAAAAUGUUCAGCGUGGAAGAUGCUUAUYUGGGUGUUUUGAUGAGAAGUCUUCAUAUAGCGCCUAUAUAUAACAAUGAUAUAUUUGUAUGGGACCCUUCGUUAACAUCUAAAUUAAAAGAUUGGCAAGAACAGAAAUACAGGAAAGUUAUAUGUCUAGGAGAACGAUUGACAAGCAAUACUAUCAGAUUAAUACACUUUAAAUAUGUAGCUAUAAGGAAAGCUGAUCAAAAACAAUAAAAAUAAAAUGGGAAAUAGUAUUAUAAUUCACUUAAAAUACUGUUUAAAAUGUGAAUGAAAAAAGUGGCUAAAAUAUGUAAUAUGCAAACAUGUUGGAUGUCAAUGCUYCUGAGAUAAAACUCYGACGAAGGAAAGGGUGGGGAUGGUUGUCRAGAAUCAAUUUAGGCUCUAAUUCYUAUCCUGGUCAAGACUUCUAAUUCAUCUACAACAAGCUCAUGAYUUUAUGCCUCUUUAAAGCUUUAGAUUUGCUAAACACUUUGCUAUAGAAAAUAGUGUGAAAUUGGGCAAGUAAUAUCUUAGGGCUGCUAUAUACAACUUACUUUUACUGCGGUUUAUUGCUACCUAUUUCACUAUACAGUACUUCUAGAUUUCACAAUUUCUAUAUGUAUAUUUCUAUAUUUAUUGGUCAAUAGAUCAUAAAAAUAUUUUUUACU